AUGACGAUGUUUUUCGAGAAAAAUGAAUUCAAUCCAAAUAGAGACCCUUUUGCUGAGAAUUUCGAAGAGGUCUUGGAUCAAGUCAAAGGGGAUUUUCACUAUUCCUUAGCUAAAGAAAGUCAUUGUGCCCUUGGCGAGUGUGGCCAGCCAUUGAAACCUUACGAAAAUGCGACGGAAGUUCAGUGCACAAAUCCGGACUGCGAUCAGCCGACGGUCAUGCACAAUCAAUGCUUUCAAAAGUUUGAGGAGACGCUGCUCGAGGGGCUGUCUCAACAAGCGAGAUACAAAACAGCCUCCCCGAGAAAAAUAAAGAACCAUCUGUGGACGGAGAACGCGUAUACUUUGGUCUACAAGUUGUGCACCUGCGAGUGCUCAAAAGGCAUUGUUCGCCCGGCGUUUAUGAAGCCAAAAAACGAGCAUCAUCACAGAUUACGAACAGAAACAGGCGAUUCUAAUGGAUCAUCGGGCUAUGGCUCGGCUCCUGGCACCUCUCCAUCUUCGGGUUCGCAUCCGUCUCCUCCAGAACAGACAAGACCCGUCAAUGAAACAAAACCGAAAGGAGGAACAAUGGGCGAGUUUAUCGAUUCCGAGAUCCCCGUCAUCCUGAAGAACGCAAAAGUCAAGCGAAAAGGAAAACGCUCUAUCGUCUCAAUUGGAACUGUCGUCACUGAUGUCCAGACGGAUAAACAUGUAUCUGAUCUUACGCAGAAAGAUCUCAAGCUGCGGCCGAUGCGCCACACGAAUUUCAGACACAGACUCGAUUUCAAGGGAAUUGAAGAGUAUCUUCCUCCGCACAAGUUCAACUCAAACCAUAUCAAAGUCGAUUGUGAAGGAUAUGCCAUGGAAGACAUGAAAACAUACGUCCUCUCAAACCUGUCCAUGUGCGGCGCUGACGAAAUCUUCUGCUCGGUUUGUCGGAUCCGAAUGCCAGUUUACGACCAGUUUCCGCUCGUCAAUGGGCUUAUGUUUCUGUCGCCAGAUAUUAACUCAACUGAGCAUCCUGUUUUCGUCAAAAUUGACGGACAGAAUAAGUACAUUCAUGGCGUUUGUGUACAAUGCUUGGAAGGGAACGAUGUCGAAUGUGGCUAUUGCAGGGUAACAUGGUCUGGUGGUGAAUUUCAAAUUGGUACUCUUUACAAAUUCGAUAUUUUCGCCGCGAAGCCAUGCUGUGAAGCGAGAGUCUGCUGUAAAAACUGCAGAAAGCCACUGGGAGAUUACCGAGUGCCGCGCGCGUAUUCCUACUACUCAAAACGAGAACGAUGCCACUCCUGCUACGCUGUUGACUAUCAUUGCAUCAACCCGAUGAACACCUAUCGUCUCAGGCCAAACCAACCAGGCCCAGCCUAA